AACUAAAACGCAGCCGUUGAAACUGAAAAAAAUUCUCAUCAAACAUUUCAAGAUUUUUCUAGUCCUGAACAGUAAAGUUUUUCAUUAGGGUUUUAGCCUAAAACCCUUUCAGAGAAGAAUUUCCAGUUAUCCGAUUAUCAGCACCGCUCCGAUAUGGCUUUCAGAUCAAAGGCGGCGGCAGCUUUAGCAGCGGCGACACCUCGUAGCUUGCUGUCUCGGUUUUUCUCAUCAUCAACAACAACAGCUGAUACUCUUCCGUCAUUUCUUUCUUCUGCCGCCGCAGCUACUCCUUCUGCUAGAGAACAGGCUGAUCCUAACACUAACCUCUUCGUCUCCGGCCUGAGCAAACGGACUACUACAGAGGGUCUAAGGGAAGCAUUUGCCAAAUUCGGUGACGUAGUUCAUGCUAGAGUUGUGACUGAUAGGGUGUCAGGAUACUCUAAGGGGUUUGGUUUUGUCAGAUAUGAUACCUUAGAGGAUGCUUCUAAAGGUAUUGAAGGCAUGGAUGGCAAGUUUUUGGAUGGCUGGGUUAUAUUUGCCGAGUAUGCAAGACCUAAACCGGCACCUGAAAACAAUAUGGGCCCUUCUUAUGGGAACAACUCGGGCCCUGCAUACGGGAACAACUCGGGCCCUGCAUACGGGAACAACUCGGGCCCUGCAUACGCGAACAACACUGGCCCUGCAUACGGGAACAACACUGGCCCUGCAUACGGGAACAACACUGGCCCUGCAUACGGGAACAACACUGGCCCUGCAUACGGGAACAACACUGGCCCUGCUUACGGGAACAACACUGGCCCUGCUUACGGGAACAACACGGGCCCUGCUUACGGGAACAACACGGGCCCUGCUUACGGGGACAACACAGGCCCUGCUUACGGGAACAACACGGGCCCUGCUUACGGGAACAACACGGGCCCUGCAUACGGGGGCAACACGGGCCCUGCAUACGGGAGCAACACGGGCCCUGCAUACGGGAACACCAUUAAUCCUGCAUACGGGAACAACAGUGAUCCUGCAUACGGGAACAACAGUGAUCCUGCAUACGGGAAUAACACGGGUUCUCCAAACGUGACUAAUACAGGCUCUCCGUACGUGAAUAAUACGAGCUCUGCAUACGGUAAUCAGUCCGCCUCUCCCUAUAGGAGUGACACAGGCCCUGCUUAUGGGAAUAACAUUGGUUCGGCAAAUGGGAAUCCCACGAAUUCUGUGAAUGGAAGUUCAGAUCCUGCACAUGGGAGCAGCUUUAGUCCUUCAUAUGGGAGCAACAAUGCUUCAGCAUACCGAAAUACAGCAGGUCCUGCAUAUGGAGGCAAUACAACUCCUGCAUUUCAAAAUUCCUACGAGAACAUGGGACCUACACAGGGAUUUUCUUCGGGUCCUGAACAUGGGAAUAACACGAGUCCUGCAUAUAAUGACAGCUUAAAUGCUGCAUAUGGCCGUCGAUGAACUUCAACAAGUUUGGCAUCUCGAAAAUGUAAAAGUCAAUGAACAUCAUUAUGGAUUCUCUAACAUUAUUUUGGUUCGUCUAUCACAGCGUGGAAAAAUGUGGCCACCUUAUAUUCAACUUAAAAACAUGAGAAUCUCAGAAUUGUUACAUGUGAGGACCUUCCUGUGGAACAUUCUAUUAUUUAUAAAACAUUUUUGUCA